UGAUCGACUUCUUAUCUUAAUUGAUUACGCAUCAUCCCGAUGACUCAACAAUCCUCUCCCGUAUACGACGAUUCUGGAGGUAUUUGAAUAGUCUCGCUGCUAACCCAAGAUUUUCAUAGGAAGUACUUUGUUACAACUUGCACCUAGCCAGAAACGCCCCUCACCAUGUCAGGGACGCUGCCUCCGGCAGCAUAUGACACAAGUCACAUCGGUGAAUUCGAGAGAUAUGUCCAGCUUCCCGAGAAGUACCUCCACAACAACCAACCAGCCCAUACUUUGGCCUAUCUUACGGCACUUCAUGUCCACACAAUCUCAACGAUUCCGUACGAGAACCUCUCACUGCACUACUCCGAGACCCGUGUAGUGGAUCUGGAUCCGCAGCGGCUUUUCGAAAAACUGGUUACCGAUGGCCGGGGCCGGGGCGGCUACUGCAUGGAAGUCAGCAUCUUCUUCAACCACAUCCUGAGAGCCCUCGGCUUCCAGGCGUACAUGACGGGUGUGAGAAUCCGUCUUCGAAAAGACGGGGUCCCGAGCGGGGAUCACAUUGGCUGGACGCACAUGGUGAGCAUCGUUGCUCUGCCGGAUGGUUCCCAGUACAUGAUCGACGUGGCUUUCGGCGGUGACGGUGCUACGAAACCGAUACCACUACUUCAUGGACAGUCAGUGCAGAACCUAGGUCCUCAAGAAGUGCGUCUCGUACGUGACCACAUCGCAAACCAAGUACAUAGGACAGAAGCAUCGAAGCUAUGGAUCUACCAAUACCGCAACGGUCCCGAGAGGGAGUGGAACUCAUUUUACGCAUUCUCCGAGUUUGAGUUCCUGCAGCCAGACUUCAAGGUGAUGAACUGGUACACGAGCACAUCUCCCGACUCCUUCCAGCGAUUUACGCCACUGGUUGUGAAGUUCCUGAGAGGGAAGAAGGACGUUGACGCUGGGAACCCGGACGCGGAUGAGGAGAUUGUUGGUAAGCGGAUGUUGGCGGUGGCGACUGUGAAGGAAAACCUGGGAGGCAGAACACGCAUUGUGCAGGAGUGCAAGACCGAGGAAGAGAGGGUAAAGGCGUUGGCAGAGUGGUUCCAUAUCCGCCUGUCUGAGGAAGAGAGGGCUGGGAUAAGAGGGCAUUGGACGGAGAUUCAAUAGGGAGCAGCAUCCUGAGAGCAACGACGAAAACCGAGGACGGAAUGCAGAGGUCGGAUUUCGUACAACAGGUAACAAUUGGAUAUAAUCAAGACUGCCAUUGUUCCCGCAACGCCGACUGACAUCGCUCAAAGAGCAGCCUGGGC